AUGCUCAAGCCGCUCACGGCUUACGUGUCCGAGCACUUUCCGUGGGCAGGCACGUUGUCACCCCCCACUGAGUAUGCCAACUACAGCGCCUUUUCGAAUUCUGAACUUGCGCUCAAGCGCGCCUUGUAUACGAACGCGACACUGCCCGACGGCAAAUCGUACUAUGUCGAUAAUGCCAAGAACGCCCAAGUCGGCCGCGGACUACUGCGUCUGGGGCAGCCCCCGAUGCCAGUCACCACGUGCUCGAGCUCUCUUCUACCAGGGCUCCCAGGUCUCAUCUUUUACUCGGAUCGUAUCAUUGAGAUGCUUUGCAACGCGGCGACGGCACCGAAUGCCAGCGCCGUCGACUGGGCAACCCAAGGCUCGUGCUUUCAAUCGCAGUUUCUGUCCUUCUCGUUGGGCCACUCGUGCGUCUGGCUCGUCUCUGGCGAUGCAAUCAACAGCGGCAGCGUCGAUGCGGCGGCCAUGACUGUCUACUUUGUGUACAACGAGUCUCGGUUUGCAGUGUGGGUUUGGCUCAAAUUUGGCUACCGGAUCCUCGUGACACUCUUUGUCUGGUAUCGGCUCUGGACGCAGUACUACAAGCACGUCAUUGACCUCGAGCGCUGCUUACGGGUGCGAGGGCAUCGCGAGACGCUGCCGCAUCCUGCCUCGUGGUCGUAUGAACUCGUGCUUGGCGAUCCCACUGCGAUCGUUCUCAUGGACCCGUGGGUGGCUACCUUGUAUUUUUUCGAUAUUUGGCUCAGCGUGACCAACCUAUCGGUUGCAAUCUUGCAAGUUGGGCAGUCGGGCAGCACUGAGCAUCUCGUGCGAAGCAUUUGGUACCUCUCGCGGACGAUCUGGUUUGCCUUUUGGGGCCUCUGCCUUGCCUCGUACGGUCUCAAGCGCUGGCACAAGGAACAUCUUUUUGCAACCAUUGAUCCGACACUGCUCUCGCUUGCAGUCAUGGUUUAUGGCCCGCUUUUGACAUGGACGAGUGCGCACCUCCCGCCGUUCACGCGUUUCUACCAAUGGACGCUCACGUUUGGCAUCCCCCACAUCGCCCGCAACGAAGCAAUCGAGGCAACGCUGGCUUGCAUCGUAUAUGUCGGAAGCAUUGCGAGCCUUCCGCUUCUUUAUGGCUUGGUGACACCCGCGCUACGUCGAGUUGCACCACUGCGUUUCAAGAGCGUCCACGCGCGGCGCGACUAUGCUAGUUUCCGCUACAACCAUAUCAAGAACCGAAUUCUUUUGAGCAUUUUCCAACGUCGCCAGCCGCGCGACAAGGCCAUUGGUGGCACGGUGCAUGCUGUCAUGGACAAGCAUCCGCGCCUUCGACGUACGCCGACUAUCAGUACGCGUGCGACCGACUGCUUUGUGACGUGCUACUGCGACGGUCAGCCCCAAGAGCAGUUGCGCGUGAGCUUGCUCUGUGAUCUCGACAUGCGAAACGACGACGACGACAUGGUGAUUCAUUCAAGCGACGUGCAGUCUGAAUUUGUCGUUCAUAUUCUGCGCGAGGCACCACUUGCUAUGCAGCAGGUGAUCGGCUCCGGACCCGCCGUGACGACGAGCUACCCGUAUGUGCUGCACCGAGCAAGGACGCCAUCGAGCUGGUGCCUCUAA